AUGAAGGCCUCAAUCAUUGCCCUGCUCGCCACCGCUGCUGGUGUGCUCGCGUCCGUCGAGCUCCCAGCCGGUGUCCCUCGGUCGCUCUCCGAGUUCCGUGUGAAGCACCCGUAUAAGCCGCGCAGCACCUGCUCCCGGAAAACGGUGCGGAUCAGGGCGUCGGCCGACGACUCCGACGACGUCGCCGAUGAGUUCCUGCAGGGCCUCAAGGAUGCCAACAACGGCGGCACCCUUUACCUGCCCAAGGGCCAGACGUACAUGAUCGGCAAGCCGCUUGACCUGACCUUCCUCAACGACGUCCACGUCCGGCUGGACGGCGAGAUCAAGUUCACCAACGACACGCCGUACUGGCAGGCCAAUGCCUUCCACCACCCCUUCCAGAACAGUCUGAUGUUCUGGAAGUGGGGAGGCGAGAAUAUCAAGAUCCACGGCAACGGCGUGCUGAACGGCAACGGCCAGCGAUGGUGGAACGAGUUCGCCGGCCUGGAGAUUUUGGAUCCCGACAACGAGUAUCUGCGGCCCGUUCUGUUCUACGCCGAGAACGCGACCGGCUUGUCGUUUGAGGGCAUCCACUUCAAGGACUCGCCCUGCUGGACAAACUUUAUCGUUACGUCCCAGCACAUCUCGUACAAGGACGUCGCCUGCACCGCCGAGUCCAACAACGCCAGCGCGCUGCCCAAGAACACUGAUUUCUUCGACUCGCUCAACGUCGAGCACGUCACGGUGGAGCGGGCGUGGGUCAACAUCGGCGACGACUGCUUCUCGCCCAAGUCCAACGCCACGGACCUGCACGUCGACACCAUGUACUGCAACGGCACGCAUGGCCAGUCCAUGGGCUCCAUCGGCCAGUACGACGGCGAGAAGAGCUUCAUCCGCGACGUCGUCGUCGAGAACGUGUGGAUGCUCAACGGCCAGCACGGCGCCCGCCUCAAGACCUGGGCCGGCCAGGGCGUCGGCUACGGCUUCAUCGACAACAUCACCUUCCGCAACUUUUGGAACGCCAACAACGAGUACAGCGCCUUCCUGGAUGCGUGCUAUUUCAAUAUCAAUUCGGCCGAGUGCGCAGCGCACCCGUCCAACGUGAACAUCACCAACGUCCUCUUCGAGAACUUCACGGGCUACACGUCGGGCAAGUACGGGCGGGCCGUGGCGCGCCUGACGUGCAGCCCCAACGCCGUGUGCAGCAACAUCCGCUUCAGCAACUUCGACGUCACCAGCCCGUGCGGCCCCGCCGUCGUCAUCUGCGACGGCAUCAGCGAGGACAUGGGCAUCCCCUGCUUCGGCGCCGCCAGCCCCGAGGGCAAGAAGGCCCUCGCCGACAAGUGCAAGACCUCAAUGGCCGUGCUGCCUUCGGCGACGCCCUGGUAA